UCUGUUUCCCCUUUUUGUUGUUUUAAUCCAGUACCAGAGGAGGACUCACCAUGUGGCUAAAAGGUUUUAUAAGUAACCUUGUCAAAAUGAAACUUCUGAAGACCUGUGUCAUCCUUCUCCUUCUGACUGUGUUGUUCUUUACACUAAGAAACAUGGACCUGCUGCAGAUUCAUUUUGAAGAAAACUCUAUCAUCUUCCUCAAGAAAGUGACCUCCGCUCCUUCCACUGGUCCUGUGUUGGCUCCUUACAUGCCUGACAACUUCUGCACCUUCAAGCCACUGUCUUCUGCAGAUGCUGAGGAGGAACAUCUCUUAUUGGACUCCAUUGCUUGGCCUGAAACUCCUCCUCUGCCAGCUCCUUUUUCAUUGAGUCAGACAAGUAAUGCCGCCCACAGCACCUUCACCAUUCUCCCAGGGGGGGUUGGAGACGAGCGGCAUGUAGGAGACCAGCUGGAAGUUAUGAUAAAAAUGUACGACUUCCAAGGUAACCCCAAGAAGUCUGGAGGAGAUGCAAUUGUUGCCCAGUUGCACAACAGGGCACUUGAAGCAGGUGUGGCUGGACGAGUGGUGGAUCUCCUUAAUGGCUCCUACUCUGCUGUAUUCUCUUUACUCUGGGAAGGAAGUGCACAGGUUGAGGUAAAGUUCAAGGCUAUAUCCUUAAAUGUUAAUGUACAAUAAGUAAUGCCAAAAGAAUUACCUAUUGCAAUGGUAUUGUCCUGUAGGUAGUUUAAUUCAUGAAAUGUAAACCAUUCCCCCUGAUUACUUUUGCUAACAAGCAACAACAUUCAAAGUUAAAACAAAGACAUGUGGAAGUCUGCAGCGCUCCUGGUCCGGUUGCAUUCAACGACGUCAAAGAAAAUAUAAGGAAAGAAAACUCUCUGUGCUCGAC